AUGCCAACCGAAUACCUCCUCCCCCAGGACGAAGGCUUCCUCUCAGGAUGUAGCUCCCCGCAGCCCAGCUUCGAGUGCGUUCUCUUCCCUCGCUCUAUCCUCGCAGACAGUCUCACGCAUCACUUUAGCGCGCUUUCUAUCAAUAGAUACGACGUUGUCCAGCACGUACGGGAUGCAGCGGACUGUCCCUCCCCCUUGAACCUCUUCCUCCGGGACCCGGAUGUGGUCGAGAAACUCACGAAGCCCUCCUCAUCCUCAACCUCGACGAAGAAGAGUCGGCCUCCUACUCGUUCCCCUUCACCCCGCCGCAGGAAUGGCGGAAGCUCGACUACCUCCACUCUCAUGACGCUCGUGCUCGCUGAGGAAGAGCGCCAAGCCCAGCACCUCAAGACUGUCCUCCGCACCUCUUCUGAACGUCUCGAGUACGAAAUGAGGCGCGCCGACGACGCCACAUCUCGCGCACAUGCUGCGGAAGUACGCGCCAUGGAAGCGACCUCGAGGGCAACAAUAUUAGAGGCGGCGCGCCAUCAGCUCGAGCUCGACCUCACACGCGCCGCCGAGACAAUCAAGCGCUACCAGCUGCAGCUCGAGACAACGGAACGCGAGCUCAAGCGCGUGCGCGAUGACUUCAUGCGCGUGGAUCGCGAGCGCGCAGACGCGGAGGCCCUGGCCGCCAAGGCGCGCGACACAGCGCGCAGCCUGCAGCAGAGCUUACGCGACUGCCACGCUCGCGAGGACGGCCGCGAGGAGACCUCACGGCUCGCGAUGCAUAAAUGGUUCGACGAGGGCCGCGAACAGGGAUACGACUCCGGGUUCGAGGACGGCUUCGCUCAGGGUCGAAAGAAGGGCAUGAGCGAAGGCAUCAAGACGGGCAGGAAAGAGGGCCUGCGUGAGGGGCGCGAGCAAGGCCGCAUCGAGGAGCGGAAGAAUGCGCUGGAAGCGUUCGACCGCUAUGUGGCGGAGCAGGAGGGCGACGAGAGAACGCGCCGUUGGGCUGCAUCUUUCUACCAAAUCGACGACAACGAGAGCGUCGGUUCGCUGGAGGCGCCGAGUCAGCGAGGACACCAUUAG